UGUAUUCCAGAAAGCAGGUUAUGUGACUUACCCGGGUAAGUUUAGGAGUAAGUAAGCGGAUAACCUCUGCUUUCGGUUCCAAAAGCGAGAGUAACUUUCGGGUUAUGUAAGUAACCAUAGCAACUGACUCUCUGAAGAUAACCUGCUCCGGAGUAGGUUAUGUUGCAGGGUUAGUUUGUUUCAGAGAGGUUUCAGAGCAUGGCGUGCCCUUUUGACGAGGAUCCUGUGGACGUAGAGGCACAGAUUAUACGGGGUUUUUUUCGCCGUGAGAGGGUGAUAAGACCACGUAUCGAUGUCUUUUCAUAUCCUGACGAAUAUUUGCAUGAGCGCUAUCGUUUUUCUAGGGAGUCGUUAAUUUAUUUAACAAACUUACUAAAACCACACAUCGCAAACGUGACAAACCGCGGGUCAGCGAUUAGCGCCGAACAUAUUCUUUGUAUUGCUCUGCGCUUUUUUGGUAUGGGGAGUUUUCUCUACAAUGUGGGCGAUGCAGAGCAUGUGGGAAAGGCAACAGUGUGUAGGGCCGUUCGUACAGUAUGCAUGGCACUGAAACGGUUUCUACACACUUUUGUACAGUUCCCUGGCCAUAAACCUGUGCGCGUUAUUAAAGAAGAAUUCCACAGGGUGGCAGGUACACUCUCAGAAAGUCUGUCAUCUACUUCAAUAAAAUGACAUUUCUUAAUAGGUUUAUUUUGACUGGACAUGCACGUAAAAGGUUACACAGACUUCUUAAACUCGUAAUUAAUCUUUAUUUCAGGGUUCCCAAACAUGAUUGGGUGCAUUGAUGGCACCCACAUUCCUAUUAAAGCUCCAUCUAUCAAUGAGGGAGACUAUGUUAAUAGGAAGUCUGUGCAUAGCAUCAAUGUGCAGGUAAUAUGUGAUGCAACCCACCUCAUCACUAAUGUUGAGUCAAAAUGGCCUGGUUCUGUACAUGAUGCCAGAAUAUUUAGAGAGUCAUCUCUGUGCAACAAAUUUGAGCAGGGACACUUCUAUGGUUACUUGCUGGGGGACAGAGGAUACCCUUGCCUCCCCUAUAUGAUGACACCCUACCCUGAUCCUGAGCCCGGACCACAGACACGCUUCAACCGGUCUCACAGCCGAACACGGGCCAAGGUGGAGAUGACAAUAGGCAUUCUGAAGGCGAGGUUUCAGUGUCUGCGUGGGCUCAGGGUCACUCCAAAUAGGGCAUGUGACAUCACAGUCGCUUGUGUGGUACUUCACAACAUUGCCACAAUAAGAGGAGAGAGGCAUCCCCCCUGUCCUGAUGAAGAGGACCUAGAACAACACCCAAUGAAUCUAGCAGACCACAGAGAUGGCAGAAUGCUUAGAGACAUGAUUUGUCAAAAUCACUUUAUUUAAUUUCUUUUAUUUGUCCAGAUCCUGAAAUAAAGAGACAUGACAGA